AUGAUUCCUCUCUUUUUUAUUAUUAUUCCCGUUUCCACCUUCGGCCCCGACCCCGAGAGAGAUCGGAACCGGACCCAACACAACCAGGCCUCGUGCUUCCUUCCCCAUCUCUCUCUCUCUCCUCUUCCUUUUUCUUUAUCGAUUACGAGAGGGUCAGAGCUUUCCGGUUCGUAAUCAUUCGGAGACAAAACGCUUCGGUAGUUCGGUCACGAAAUCUAUGCUCGAAAAUCCAAUCAUUUUCUGAAAAUUUGGAUUAGCACUCCGGGAAAUAGACGUCGGCAGUUGGGCUGCAGAAAAUAGGGAUUUCGGUCUUCCAUCACGAGAAGAAAAGAAGAAUAAAGAAGCUUAGAGAUCAAAGUUUAUCAGUGGUUGAAGUGGGUGAGUUGCAGAGAUGGGAUCUUUCAAGGGUCACGUUCUGCCAGGGACGUUGUUUCUUCUGGUUGGAGUCUGGCACAUAUGGAGCUCGAUGGUAAGGUACGUGAAGAACCCUAAAGGUUUCAGGGUUAGGGUUUGGAACCCUGUACCGGGAUUCGACGGGAGGCUCAAGUAUACGGAGCUUUAUGUGGUUGCAAUCGGAGCUUUCAUCGACAUGUGCAUCGAGCUCCUGUACUCGACCCACCUCAAGUUCUUCGUUAAUGGCGUCCUGAAUCCUUCUCACAUGAACGAUUUCGAGCACUCUGGGAUGCUUCUAAUGUUCUUCAUCUUUGGCGUCGUCGCUCUGCUUUCUGAAAAGACCAGAUUUCUCCCAUUGCCAGAAGGAGCUCUAUGCUUGAUCGUUGCCACAGCAUUCUCUGCAGAGUAUCUUCUGUUCUACUUCCACUCAACUAAUCAUAAGGGCCUUGAGGGAUACUACCAUCUCCUCCUAGUCAUCCUUAUAGGCCUCUGCAUUUUGUCCACAGUGUUUGGGGCCCUUGCGCCGACUAGUUUCCCUGUGGACUUGUCCUCUGGUAUUGCUAUCACCCUGCAAGGCCUUUGGUUCUAUCAGACUGCCUUCACUCUCUACGGACCCAUGAUGCCAGAUGGUUGUAUGCUGAAAGGUAAUACCAUCUCAUGCCGAUCAAUGGAUAAUCAAGUCAGAGGAGAGUUGCUUGCCAAUUGUCAAUUCUUUGGUCUGGUUCUUGGUGUUAUUGCUUUUGCCCUGGGGUUAUACAAAGCUGCAGCUUCAAGAUAUGGGCAUUCUGAAUUAAGGAGCUUCCAUGCUGCUGAAAAUGGUUUUGUCAGAGAUUAAGGAGGUUUUAAUGGAUGAACAGGAGAGUAGGCAUGCUGAAUCGCAUUGAAGUUGGGCUAAGAAAUCCUUGAGUCGUAAGUGGGCAAUAAUGUUCAAAGAGACGUUCUGUGUGGAACACUUGUUCCUGGCCUAACCAUUCUGUAGAUACCAAGUUGUUCCUCAGUACAGUUUGUAACCAGAAGAGUGUUUUAGAGGAGAUCAACUUCAACCAUCUCAAAGCCCUGUGAAGCACUCAAAAACAUUUGAAAUUCUUUAUGAAGUACUUUUCCUUGCAGAUGUUCAUGUAUGGUUUAUAGGGGUACCCGGAGUUGGAUUUUGCACAGCGGAGGUAGUUUUAUUGGUCAAAGACAUGGGCCACACACCCUAGCCCCAGGUGGAAUGUCUAGUGUCUACUACAAAGUGGGUUCAAUGUCAAGUGUGAUGAACAGAUGUGCUUUUUUCCAGCAUAAGUAAUCAAUAAAGGUAUUGAAGUAGAUGGGCGAUUUGUUUUUAGUUGGUGCCAAAAGUUGUAGGUUCUCUUGCAUGGAAGUUGCUUAGUGGGUAAGUUUGGUAUAUAUAUCAUAUAUGGUUGACAGAUGUUGAGACUUGAAAUUACCCAAAAUAAAAGGAUGUAUUUAGACCAACUGCUAUGAAAAGAAACGAAUAAAAUGAAGAUGCCUUUGAAUGCACUCUUCCUAAACCAAGACCUAGCUAGUUUGCCUUGGGUUGACAAUGUAACGAGUCAUUUUCCAAGGUCUAGAAGCCUUUGAUGAUAGUCUGUCUGGUGAGACUUCAUGUUUU